AUGUGGACUUCGCUGCUUGACCUGAUGCUGACCUACACGCCGGCGGGGGCGUCUAUGCAGACCAUCAUCCACUUCGUCCAGGAAGUGAGCGCCAGGAAAUUCCAGCAUUUCGACUGGGGGAGAGAGGGGAACUUGGAACACUACGGCCAGGAGGAACCGCCCGAGUAUGACAUUUCUGAAGUCAACACGCCCGCUUUUCUCUAUUGGAGCGAGGACGACUGCUUCGCGGAUCCCGAGGACGUUCAAUGGUUGUCGAUGCAACUCUCUUGCCCGAGUGGGAGUUUCCGAGUGAACGUUGACGACUGCGGUCAUCUGGACUUCCUCUGGGCUGUCGAAGUCAAAGAACUCGUAAACUCGUGGAAAAAGAAAAGACAGCAAAGCAUAGACGAGAGAUGCCUCUCCCGUCGCCCAUCACUUGCGUAUAUUACGAGUACAGAAAACGUCAACGGGGAAAUUUUAAAGAAUGGUCCUCGUUGCCAGGCAAUCGUCGAGUCACACAGAUCGAUCUCGAUUCAUCCCAGCUCCGCUUACGGCGAGAUCAAGCGUCCGAAAUGGGUAACUAUUGCUGCUGUUGCCCACAAUCAGAAGAGGAUUCGGAUCGAGGCGAUGCCUCCCGUGAGUCCAUCCUACAUUGUCGGUAGUCGGGCGCCUCCACCGGAUCCAAAUAAAAUUGUGACCUGUCUUUCCUUUGGAGUUGCAUUGCUUUUCGAUCCAAAAUAUAUUCUCAUGUCCCCUCCACGAGCCGAAUGGAAUGAAUGUUUUCGUCUAGAUAUGGAAGCAGGGUCGUCAGCUGUCGACGGGGAAAACCCUGCAUGGCCCACAUCCAAAGGCCACUCCGUCAAGAAGAGGUUCCUGCCGAGCCUUUUUAAGAAGAAAAGCGCCUCGUUGGAAAGAGUGGGGAUGGGGCUCAUCUCCGAGCAGCCGCUCCCAUUCAAGAAGAGAGAGAAAGUCCAUGCUACACCCUCUCCCCCCAGCUCCGAUUCCGCCGAUCUUACUGGUUCCUCCCGUGAUGCGCGUGGGCCAGAAGGAGAUCGGGCCGAGUCAGAUGCCUCCCCCCCGUUUCCUGCCUCCUUCGACCACGAAGCAGCCGCACGUCCAGAAGAGAGCGUCUUCCCACCGUCCAUCUCCUUGUCCGACGACAAGCGUGUGUUUUCCUGGAAGAGGCACCUGGCUUUGCCCAUGAAACCCAGUGUGUUUUCCACUGCAUCCAUCCUACUCAUCGAAUCGGAACGCUCCUGGCUUCUGCCGCCCGAGCUGGUCGUCGCUGCGUUCUUCGAGGACGACUGCAUGAUGCUGAAUGUGCAACACCGUGUCGGAUCUGGAACGGAGGAGACCAAGAAAAUCUGUCGCCGCUACCAUCAUCCAGUAUUGCCCAUCAAAGUCACCGUGCUGGAAAGUCGUGGCCGCACUGCGAUUGCGAUGUCGGUGGAUUACGAUGCUGUUGAUGAUCUCUUCCCGAGUCUCAGCCGCUACCUUGGUUCGGCGACAACAGGAAAAGGAAGAAAUGAGCUCAUGGAGGAUGAGGAAGGAGGAUGCCUCAUUCAAGAGCUCAUCUGA